AUGUCUCUGAACCAGAUGCAAAUCAAGCAGGAGCUGACGCUCCCCCCCGGGCUGGGUAAAACCACCCCAAAACCCAUCCCGGAGCCCCAAAAUCCCCAAAUCGCGGUGCCCGCCCCUUGCCCCGAGCCGCUCCCGGCGGUGGCGAAAUGCCAGGAAAAAGCGAUUCCAGCGGCGGGCGUGGAACCGGGAAAAGGGGAAAAUCCGGGGGCUGCGGUGCCGCAGUGCCCGCCCCAGGAGCAGCAGCAAGCAGAAUUCCCUCCGAAAUUCCCGCUGGAAGAGAAAUCCCGCCCGGAACCGACGCUGGAGAGGCAGGAGGCCAAGGAGAUCCCGGUUCCCUGCGCCCAGGAGAAGCAGCAGCGCCAGGAAAUCCCGGUGUCCAUCCCAGAAAAACAGGAAUGCAAGGAAAUCCCGGUGUCCAUCCCAGAAAAACAGGAAUGCAAGGAAAUCCCGGUGUCUAUCCCAGAAAAACAGGAAUGCAAGGAAAUCCCGGUGUCUAUCCCAGAAAAACAGGAAUGCAAGGAAAUCCCGGUGUCCAUCCCUGAUCCACACCCUGACCCUGUCCAGUGUUCCCAGGAGAAACAGCAGUGCCAGGAAAUCCCGGUGUCCAUCCCAGAAAAACAGGAAUGCAAGGAAAUCCCUGUGUCUAUCCCAGAAAAACAGGAAUGCAAGGAAAUCCCGGUGUCCAUCCCCGAUCCCGUCCCGUGUGCCCAGGAAAAUCAGGAGCGCCAGGAAAUCCCGGUGUCCAUCCCAGAAAAGCAGGAAUUCCAGGAGACCCCAGUCCCCAUCCCAGUUUCCUGCCCUGAACCCAUCCCGCCUUCCCAGGAAAAGCAGGAGUGCAAGGAAAUCCCGGUGUCCAUCCCAGAAAAGCAGGAAUUCCAGGAGACCCCAGAGCAGCGCUCCCUUCCCGAGAAAUUCCCUCCCCUGGAGCAGCAGCUGGAACAGCCCGGCCUCUGGCAGAAGUAG